AUGGCUGAUUUAGGAACAGGUGUAAUUAUUUUAAUUAUCGUAUGGGUUAUAACUUUAGCUCUAUUAACAUUAUUUACAUUUGUUCAAUCACCUAUUCGAUUUAUUGGUUUAGUUGCAUUAGUUAUAGCAAUUAUCAUGACACUCGUUUUAACAUUAUUACCACGUGAAGAUAGUAAUCAAUCACUGGAAUCGAAAACAACAUUAAAUAGUUAUGCUGGUCUUGCUCGUAUACUUAUUUUAACAUUUCUUUGUGUUACAUUUCUUGUUGGUCUUGUAUUGAUUUUUAUACAUGAAGUUCUCCCUCCAAUAUUUGCCCAACCAAUUCGAAAACGUUUUGUCAGAUAA